AUGGCGGCUGCUCAUUUGAAUCUUGGAAGCUACGUUUUCGCCUUCAUCUCAUUGUCUCUCUCCGGCAUGGCUCCAUCCAUUCAAGCUCACGUCGCGGUCUACGAUGAAUACUGGUCCCAACGUCAAACCGAGGCGUUGCGACAAACUAAGGAAUCUUAUGACCCUAAUCCGUUUAACGUCACCGACCACUUUAACUACCAUGCAGCACAAGCAAUGGAUACGAGUGGUGCAGACAACGAAACAAGGAGACAUCUCCGACAAGUUAGAGGAAAAACAAAGAGACGUGGGGGAAGGUACUACUCUUUUAACGCCAUAGAUAAAUGCUGGCGAGGCGACAAAAAAUGGGAGAAAAACCGGAAAAAGCUAGCGCACUGCGUACUAGGAUUUGGUCGGAAAACAACCGGAGGCAAGAAGGGACAGUUCUACGUAGUCACCGACGCAUCAGACAACGAUCUCGUCAACCCCAAGCCAGGAACUCUAAGACACGCAGUGACUCGCGACAGACCGUUAUGGAUUGUUUUCGCUAGAGGCAUGAUUAUAAAACUGCAGCAAGAACUGAUCAUAACGAAUGAUAAGACUAUUGACGGUCGAGGAGCGAAUGUUCAUAUCACGGGAGGUGCAGGUUUAACGUUACAGUUUGUGAAGAAUGUGAUAAUACAUAAUAUUCAUAUCAAACAUAUUAAACGUGGGGCUGGUGGGAUGAUUAGAGACUGUGAACAUCAUGUUGGCCAUCGUUCAAUGAGUGAUGGUGAUGGGAUUAUGAUUUUUGGAGCAUCUAAUAUUUGGAUUGAUCAUGUCUCCAUGACGCAUUGUUCUGAUGGGAUGAUCGAUGCCAUCAUGGGAUCGACGGCUAUUACUAUCUCCAACUGUCAUUUAACCGACCAUAACGAGGUGAUGUUGUUUGGAGGUAAGAACGAGGAUGUGAUCGACAAGAAAAUGCAGAUAACGGUUGCGUUUAACCAUUUUGGUAAGAGGCUGGUUCAGAGAAUGCCAAGGGUCAGAUACGGUUUGGUCCAUGUAGUGAACAAUGACUAUACUCAUUGGGAAAUGUAUGCUAUUGGUGGAAACAUGAACCCUACCAUUAUAAGUCAAGGCAAUCGUUUCAUUGCUCCUCCUAAAGAAAACUGCAAACAGGUUACAAAGAGAGAGUAUACAACUUAUAAAGAGUGGAAAUCAUGGAACUGGCAAUCAGAGAAAGAUUACUUUUUGAACGGAGCUUACUUUGUAAAUUCAGGAAGCCCAAACGCGUGGAGCCCUGCUCCCAAAAACCCAAUCCAUAGCAAGUUUGCGAUACCGCCUCAGCCAGGAACAAAGGUAAGAAGACUCACCAAGGAUGCUGGUACACUUGGUUGCAGACCGGGCAAGUCCUGCUGA